CAUCCUACUUUACCUUCACUGUUAAACCUAGUCUAAAUUAACCUCUAAGAAGUACUUCUCAACUCAAUUAUUAUUUCAACUUUUCUUUUCUUCAACUGCAUUCUCUCUCUCACUUUCCCUUCACUCAUCGUCUGGUCCUUUCUUUGCCGAAAUUGACCGCGCCAAUAGCAUUACCUCUUAAAGUCUGUUCUUCAAUAUUUACUUCUACAAAUGAAUGAUGACCUUUAUCAUUAGUUUUUACCUCUACUCUUUUGAUCUUACAUAAGUUCAAGUUUUCAAUUCUGAUUUGUUUUUAAUCUGUCUUAUUGAACUGACCAUUAUCCAGCCAUUUGUGGACUAUAGUUAUAAGUGUUAAACUAAAAUAUUUACAUGUCUUGUGAUGUAAUUUUUUUGAAUACAAUCAACUCUACCAAUCAUGAAGGGCCAUUGUUUCCAUUGGAUUACUAAAUUUUCGCUACUUUUCAUCCAAAUUAAUUGUUUCCUUCUAGUCUGGACUAAUUUAGUUGAUUCUUACGGUCGUUUACCUAUUUUAAAUACUCCACCAUUGUUUGAUUUUCAGCGUGAUUGGAUUAUUGUUGAAACUGAACGACCUGGAAACAGAGUGACAAUUGUAAGAGUAAAUGAUAAUGAAAAUGACUCGAUCACUUUUUCAAUAAGUCCAGGAUUAUAUCGAGAUGGAUCCAAACACUUUGCCAUCAACCCAACAAGUGGAGAAGUUACUCUUAAAGAAUCAUUCAUUGGUCUUGCUGGUAAAGAGUUUUAUUUAAUGAUAAUUGCUGAUGAUGGACAUCAAAAGGCUAAAAUAGAGGUUAGAGUUCGCAUCGUCAAUGAAGAUUCAUGGAGCGGUAAACAGGCCAAACCCUAUCAAGGAUCUAAAAUUUCAAUUAAGAGCCAACAAGCUCAGCCUCACCCACUGGACAAUAAACUGGAAAACAAGACCAUUAUUUUAUCAACAAUUGAUGGUGAAACGUUAACCACUCCUAAAUCAUUUUAUGGUAACAUUUCAAACACCGGCGAUCUGCCCAAUAACAACAAGAUCAUCAAUGCCCCAGACAAAAGUAGGAAUGAGCAAACUAUUGAUGAUAAAAAUCACAAGACCAGUGACUCGAAUGAUGCUAAUGGCAACAGUAUUGAGCUGAAUCUUGGCAGAUCACCUGAUGUCCAUUCACAAAUUCAUCAUUUACUUCGAGGUUCACCAGUUUAUCCCGGUUUACCUGAAACACCAUCAAAUUUCAUGAGAUCAUACCAGAGAUCACCUUCUUUUCAAGAUGAUUCAAUGUACCCAAAAUUGACCACAAACUUGAUUUGGCCUGUACUCGUUUUCCUGUCCUUUGGUCUAGCAAUAGGGUUUGGAUGUAUCCUCUUAUAUCAAAGACAUCGUCCACUUUUACCGUAUGUAAACCAAUCAAUUAAAGGAUCACUUCAUGAAAACAUCUCUCGUGAACCCAAAGUAUCUGUCAAUAAAUCUGAAUCGUCUGGAACAGGAAUCAGUUCAAUAUCAUUUUCAACUCGAUCAACUGAAUACGAACAGGAUCACUUAUUCAUUGGUUGGCCUGAAGAGUAUGAAAGACCUUUAUCCUGUGGAGUUCAUCAUGAUAAUCAAAUUUCUUUCAACAAUGCUGACAUUGAUAGACAGUUAGUCCAAUCAUCCAGAAACUCGAGACAAAAGGAGAAUGUGAUUAGCGAAAAUGAUGGAAGAAUCAGAUCGAUUGAUGAUGAUUUAGCUUCAGUUAAAUUUGAUUCAUGGGAAUAUCCUCGUACAAUGUUGAGGAUGAUUGAUAGGCUGGGUGAAGGAUGUUUCGGUCGUGUUUGGAAAUGUGAAGCAUAUGAUAUAAAAUUUCGUGAAGGAGCAUCCAUUGUGGCCGUUAAAGCACUCAAGGAAGGAGUCUCGUGCAAAGAGCGUCUUGAUCUUGACAAUGAACUGGAAAUACUCAAAAAACUCAAAGCUCAUCCAAAUGUUGUCUCUCUACUUGGAUGUUGCACUGAAAAAGAACCCAAAUUUUUGAUCCUUGAAUAUGUACCCUUUGGUACUUUACAAACUUAUCUACGAAAUCACAGAGGAGACUUUUUCAAUAAAGUGCCUUCACUAGAUGAUUGCGGGACUGAUGGCUCAUCAAAUGUUUUAGCCAAAGAGUUGCUUCUUUUUGCCUACCAAAUAGUUAAAGGCAUGGAACACAUUGCUUCAGAAGGAAUAAUUCAUAGAGAUUUAGCUGCUCGUAAUAUACUCAUUGGAACCAAUAAAACGUGUAAAAUAACUGACUUUGGGUUCUCUCGUGAAAUAAGCAGUGAAUCAAUAUACGAAAGCAAAUCAGAGGGUCGAUUACCGAUUCGCUGGAUGGCUCCAGAAGCAUUGAAAGAUUACACUUUUUCAGUGAAAAGUGAUGUUUGGUCAUUUGGUGUUUUAAUGUGGGAAAUAGUGACCCUUGGAUCAACUCCAUAUCCUGGUAUGGAUACGAAAGAGGUGAUGAGAAAAGUUAUUAAUGGUUUUCGUCUUGAAAAACCUGACCACUGUCGACGGGAAAUGUACAAUAUUAUGUAUUACUGUUGGGAAACGAGGCCCGCUUCAAGGCCUACAUUUACCGAGCUUAUUGAUAAACUUGAUAAAUUAAUUGCCAGUGAAACAGAUUAUAUUCAACUUGAUCGCUUUCCAGAUCACUUAUAUUACAAUAUUAUUGAUACACCCUUGUCGGGUGAAAAAUUGUAAAUAUCAAUUCAAAAAAAAGUAUGCUUUUGAUUAUAUUUUGUAACAAUAAUAUUUCCUAUUUACCAAAUAAAAGACUAAU